AUAUAGGACAUUCGACUCUUCAAUACCAUCAGUCAAUUCAGCGAAGUGACAUUCAAAAUGGCGUCCCGCAUUGUAGCUGCUUUUCUCGUGCAAGCGGUUGUUUUCCAGGCAAUAUUCGCUCAAAGCUUGAAUAUCGUGCCACUGGACGCUUUGCUUUCGAACCAACUUCUGCUUAACCAGAUCGCUCCUAACAUCGUUCCAAUCGCCCCUAGCGUGGUCCCCAUCGCCCCUAGCGUCGUUAACUGCGAUGUGCCGCUAGUAGAAACGAUUGUUUCAACGCCUGUGACCGUUCCUACGACUACCAUCAUCCAGGACAGCACCGUAGCUAACAAUUUGGCUAACGCAUUGCAAUUGUUGAUCGUUAGUAACCUACUGAGCAAUACUUUGCCAAAUAAACCUGAUAUAUUGGUCCCGGCUUGCGGUGGCGCGGUCGAUUUGAUAUCGCCCGUUGCGGUUGGUGGUGUCAAUUACGUGUACUAAGAGGAAUGAUUCAAUAAAUUUUCUUUUUUUUUUUCGUUUAA